GGGAACGGUUCGUCCUUUCACGUUUCACGAGCGGAUAGAAUGAAAAACCUCCAGAAAGUUUAUACAGCAAACAGUAUGUUUACGUUAGCCUUUUAAAUAGACAUGGACAGAAGUUGAUGCGAUUUUUUACGACUUAGACAGGGAGCUAAACGAAAAGAUCGAGGUACGAUCGGGGUACGCCACGCGAAUCCGUCUGAAGAGCCACACGCUCGGUUGGGUUCCCGUUCGAUGAUUUUGAAAAAUCGGUACCAGUUCCCCAGUUGCCUCGAUCGAGUGCACAUCGUUUUCCUUGCUCUCGGUAGUGGACACGUGUGGCAAGUGGAUUAUUGUUUUUUUUGUUGUUGUUUUGUUUUAAUAACUGCUAAACUUUCGCUGUGUUUUUAGUGCGUGUGCGUGUCUUUGUGUCUUAUGGCGGGAAACAUCAAUAUGGAUGCAGAGGUGCGCCUCACGAUCAAUGGUCAACGGUACACGGUAAAUGCCACCACCGUCCCGCUGGACACAUCGCUGAACACCUUCAUCCGCAACCAUGCACAUCUGAAGGGCACCAAAUUUAUGUGCCGCGAGGGUGGCUGUGGUGCGUGCGUUGUCACCCUGUCCGGCUAUCAUCCAGUCACGCGAGAACGCCGAUCUUGGGCAGCAAAUUCGUGUUUGGUAAUGGUGUACUCUUGUCACGGCAUGGACAUACUCACUGUUGAAGGAAUCGGUGGUCAUAAAAAGAAUUCAUAUCAUCCAAUUCAACGGCGACUGGCAGAGUACGGUGGUUCGCAGUGUGGUUACUGCUCACCGGGCAUGGUGAUGAGCAUGUACAGUUUGCUAGCGUCCCGGAAACGUGAUCCGCAGGAGGUCGAUACGACGCUAGAACCAGCCCUGACCGCAGCUCAGAUAGAGCAAGCAUUCGAUGGGAAUAUCUGUCGCUGUACCGGUUACCGACCGAUACUGGAUGCGUUUAAAUCGUUCGCACAGGAUAAGGACCAAGAGCCGCCUAUUGUGGACAUUGAAGAUUUGGUGCGUUUCAACCCCAAGACUAAUGAUGCCGGAAAGGCGGCUUCAACGCCACGCAGUCUCACAUUUGCAGAUGGGCGAAAGUGGUAUAAAGUGACGACACUUUUGCAAGCCUUCGAUGUGUUGCAUACGAUCGCCAGCAAUGACCCGUACACAUUCGUGGCAGGUAAUACGGGCCAUGGAGUGUAUAGACGUUCUAAUCGGUUGAGAGUGUUCAUAGACAUCAGUGCAAUCGAGGAACUACACCGACACAUGUUCGACCGUGAACUCAUAGUCGGCGCAGGCAUUAGUUUGACCGAGUUUAUUGAACUGCUGGAGCGAACCGCUGAAGAACAUCUUAGCUUCACGUACUGUAUGCCGAUGGCUAAACAUGUGAGGAAGAUGGCCAAUCUACCGGUACGCAAUGUAGGCACAAUUGGAGGAAACUUAAUGCUCAAACAUCAGCAUCCAGAGUUUCCAUCCGAUUUGUUUUUACUCCUCGAAACCGUUGGAGCCACGCUGACAAUUAUGUCUUCCGUCGAGGGUGAUCUACUCAGCGUAUCACCGCUGGAAUUUCUCAAGCUGAACAUGCACAAGAAAAUACUGACAACCGUUCGACUUCCACCGUACGAUCACGUCAGUAACACGCUGCGAUCCUACAAAAUAAUGCCCGUUGCACAGAACUCGCGAGCCUACGUUAAUGGCGCCUUCCUGUUGCAGCUUUGUCCCGAGCGAAAGCUCUGCACCGCCAUCACCAUCUGUUACGGUGGCAUUAAUCCUUCAUUCGUGCAUGCUCAGCAAACGGAAACAUUCCUUACCGGGAAAUCUUUGUUCGACGAUAUCAUAUUCGGACAAGCAUUGAGGAUCCUCGAGCGGGAACUAAAGCCGGACUGUGUACUUCCAGAUGCGUCUCCAGCCUACAGGAAACAGCUUGCCUUGUCACUGCUGUAUCGGUUUGCGCUCAGUGUACAUCCUACCAUCGGUCGUAGGUUACGAAGCGGGACAGAACCGAUCGAACGGCCACUCGUUUCCAGCGGUCGGCAAACGUACGAUACGUACCAGAAGCGUUGGCCUCUCACGCAGCCCAUUCCAAAACUCGAAGGAUUGGCUCAGUGUGCCGGAGAGGCAAUAUUCAUCAACGAUAUGCCGGUGUUGCCUAACGAACUGCACGGUGCGCUUUUGCUGUCGAACGAAGUACAGGGACGCAUCGUAACGAUUGAUGCUUCGGAAGCGUUAGCAGUACCCGGUGUACGAGCAUUCUUUUGUGCACAGGACAUUCCGGGCUUCAAUAACUUUAUGCCGCUCGAAAUGGGAUUUUCCGAGGUGGAGGAAAUUUUCUGCAGUGGAGAAGUUCAAUUUGCGGGCCAGGUUGUGGGGAUGAUCUGUGCCGAUAGUUUCGAGCUGGCCAACCAAGCGGUGGAGAUGGUACGAAUCGAGUACAAACAAGCCGGCAACAGGAUCAUUCUGCCAACCGUACAGGAUGUGGUCGAUGCACUUGACUAUAGUCGCGUCAGUGAUCAACCGUACGAUCGACACGGUGUACGUUAUCAUCUGUCCAAGGAAGGUUCGACCACCAUCAGUGGAAGGUUUGAUCUACGUGGUCAGUAUCAUAAUCCGCUCGAAACACAAGUGUCCCUAUGCGUUCCGCACGCUAACUCGAUGGAUGUCUACUGUGCUACUCAGUGGCUCGAUCACGUACAGAUCGCCGUUUCCCAGGCACUGCAGGUCCGCGAAAGCACACUUAAUCUGUCCGUUCGACGAGUUGGUGGUGCGUACGGUGCGAAACUGACACGAGCCACCCAAAUAGCGUGUGCUUGUGCGGUGGCAGCAUUCCGAACGGGAGCACCGGUUCGUAUGAUCCUGCCGCUCGAGACGGCAAUGGCGAGUUCCGGGAAGCGUUGCGGUAGUGUCAGCGAGUACGAGGUAUCCUUUGACGGUGCCGGACGUAUCAGUCGAUUGUCGCACACCUUCAUACACGAUGGCGGUGCAUCGAACAACGUAAUGCUGGGUGGAAUAACAAGCGAUAUGUUCAAGAACUGCUAUCGAACGGAGUUUUGGAAGUUACGCACGAAGAUUGCACGCACGGACUGUCCGCCAAACACGUGGGCUCGUGCACCCGGAACAUCGGAGGGUAUUGCAAUGGUGGAAAACAUAAUGGAGCAUAUUGCGCACCGAACCGGACUAGAUCCGGUAGACGUUCGAAUGGCCAACAUUUCUCGCGAGAAUAAGAUGCACUCGUUGCUUCCUCGCUUCCGGCGUCAGGUGGAGUACGACGAACGAAAGCGUCAAAUCGAACAGUUUAAUGAAGAAAAUCGUUGGCGCAAGCGUGGCAUUGCGAUCAUGCCGAUGCAAUACCCGUUGGAAUUGAACUCGAUGAAGAACGCCGUGGUUUCGGUGUACACUGACGAUGGUACGGUGUCGAUCACACACGGUGGAAUUGAGAUGGGUCAAGGCAUCAACACCAAGGUGGCGCAAGUAGCUGCCCACCUGUUGGGUGUACCUAUAGAGAAGAUCGUUGUUCAGCCGACUGAUAGUCUGCUGAAUGCGAAUUCGAACGCCUCCCAGCACACCCAGGCAACGGACGGUGUUGCAUUCGCUGUUAAACGAUGCUGUGAGAUUCUGCUCGAACGACUCCGACCCUAUCGGGCGCUGCUACGACGGACCAGCUGGGAGGACAUGGUGCGUAAUGCCAGUAUGGAUGAUGUGGAUCUUCAGGUUUCAUUCUACGCCACACCCACCGACAUGCGUACAUACACCAUCUGGGGACUGGCCUGUGGUGAAAUUGAGCUUGAUGUUCUCACCGGCCAGGUGCUGGUGCGGCGCGUAGACAUCCUAGAGGAUGUGGGCGAAAGCUUAAACCCCAACAUUGAUGUGGGCCAAAUCGAGGGAGCAUUCGUGAUGGGUCUGGGAUACUAUCUGACCGAGGCGUUAGUUUACGAUCCUAAGAAUGGCGCGCUGGUAAACAAUCGUACCUGGAACUAUAAGGUACCGGGCCAUCGAGAUAUUCCGGUAGACUUCCGGGUAUCGUUUUUGAGCAAGAGUUCCAACACGGGCGGUGUGCUCCGCUCGAAGGCAACCGGUGAACCGGCAUUUUCACUCAGUCCUGUGGUGAGUUAUGCCAUCCGGAAUGCGUUGCGUUCGGCACGGCGAGAUGCGGGAUUACCGGACACGUGGUUGCAUAUGGGUAGUGGCAUGACACCGGAUAAAAUAUUUGCUCUGUUGGAGAAUUCCAUCGAACAGUACAAAUAUGAAUGAGGAUCAUACAACGAUUAUCACAAAUUUUGCUACCGAUAUAGAACAUGUAACUUUACCUAAUUUUAUUAGAACGCCCAAACAUAUGCUAAUAUAUAAACACAAUCCCAACAGUUAUGGCUUAUUACAUUGAAUCUACUGUAAACAAUACUUUAUUAAAUACGUCCUAUCCCAGCUGUAAAAUUUCUCUUUUAUUUUAUGUACGUUUAGGAUAUUUAAAUUAAAAAAAAAAUGAAUUU